AUGAUAGUAAACAUCAACAACACUGUUCCCAUAUCCAUGUCAGGGAGCGCAACUCUGGCAGAAAAGAACGAAACGCCGUUCGAGUCAGACGAUCCGCGAACUGGUCCCAUACGGCGCCUUUGGACAUAUCUAUCCAAUCAAGAUCAUCUUCAAAGCAUUUUUAUUCAGCAUGUGUUUCCAACGGACGUGCAGCAAGAACUACCGGAAAGUGACACAUCAGCAGCUGCGGGAAGUUUCCCGCUCCCCGAUGCGUACAAGAUUGUCCAGAAAGACCACGAGCCGAUCAUUGCCUUUGCAUGCAGUCAGGUAAAUACAAAGUGA